UGUGGGGAAGGAGAUGGUGUCCUCAGUUCUUGCUGUGGGAUGAGGAUGGGAUGGGGGUUAUCACUCCAUAUAACCCCCUCAGUGCAGGGAAUGUCUGAGAGAGUAAAUGCAGAGGUGCCCGAGCGUUGCUGGAGGCACUGGGGUGCACUGGGUGGGGAGGUGACGGGGCUGUCAUCAUCUGUGCCAGCGAGAUGGUGCUCGAUGGAGGGGAUUUUUCUUUUUCCCUGCUUCACCUCACUUCACGAGGCUCCUGGGCGCAGCCGUAGGGUUUCCUCUAACACCGCCGACCAGAAAGACCCUGCAGGGUGCGUGCAUUACUACAUAGUGCCUUUGGCAACAGGUGUAAGUAGUUGCACAAGGUAAAUGUGAUUUUUUUUUUUUAAACUUCUGCUAUUUUCCUCUCUCUCUGGGCAUACAAACUCUUUCAAGCUUCUGUUUUUAAAAUGAACGUUUGAGUCAACUUGCUCUUAUUAGGAGACAGUAUUUUACACAAUGAGCUACAGGAACCCGUGAGUGCUGAUGCGAAAAACCCUUAAAAAAUAAAGUUAAAAAAAAGGCCAGGAGCGGAUACUUUACAGUUUUAAAUAUAGAGUUUAAAUAGCAUAUCACCAUAAUGGGCUAUUAAACUGUUGAGGUGGAUUUGGGAUAUCACUGGAGUAUCAACCCCAGCCUGGAAACUGGCAAUAAAAGUUAAAAAAGAAAAGUUGAAAGCACAAAUUACUCUUUCCUUUAAAAUGUGGGAGAGCUGUCUCCCUCCUACCUCUUUCCCUGCCCUGUUGAAGGGCUGGGGAGAAGAAAAUAAUCAAAUGCAUCUGGCAGAGCCUAUAUCUGGCUUUUAUGGGCUGUUUUCCUGAAGGUGUGAUGGGUUUUAUUUGGAUGGCAAUGCUACCAUUUGGAGAUACUUGGGUUUUAUUUCCAGUCUGGUACUCUGGAGAUGGGACAAAACUGCUGGGGGGGGUUGGGACAGAAAUGCCGCUGAUGGAGAGGGAACUGCUGCCAGGUGAUGUGCCAGGAGUGGAGGGUUGAGCAGGAAUAACUUCCCAGUGGUGCUGAGAGUUUGCAGCCCAGAGGGGGGAUGCUGGUCUUUGGAGGUAUGCUAGUCCUUGGCCCUGCAGCUUGAUGACAGCAACCUGUGUGAUGAAGGAAGGGGAAGGCAAGGUUGGGAUGGAACUAGGUACUCACAGGAGCCAGUGGUUGAGGGGUGCUGGUGGAGAAAGGGGUGGUCGGGGGCUUUUCUAUGGAUUUUCUGUGGGCUUGAGGUGGUGAAGCAGGUGGGGCUCGUGCUAGGGAAAAUAUUUGGUGGCAUUGAGAAAAGGAGAUUUCUGGAGAGUUGGUGGAGAAGUUAUUGCUUCUUCUGAAAUGCCUGGGGAGGGGUGAAAGCAUGUGGCCUCUCUGGUGGCUUUGGGCCUGGAGAAUGGAGCGGGACUGGUGCUGGAGGGGGCCCAGUGGGGAAGGCUGGCAUGAUGGGGGCUGUUCAUGGUGCCCAUCCUGCCCAGAGCAGAGGUGUCUGCUGGGAUCACUGCUUGGGCAAUUAUUUUUUCUUCUUUUCUAAAAAAAUAAAAAGAUAUAAUCUCUGCUUCCCAAGGUUGUAUUUGCCCAUGUUGAGGUCCUUUCCCAACACUGUUAGAGCAUCUUCCCACUGGGAUGAGGCAGAAAAUAAGGACAAUUCCUGAAUAAAAACCACACCGCAUCCUUUGGGAACGUCACUGCUGUGUAAUUAGAUGUGUUUUAAUAACCUGCUUGCAGAAGGAGAAAGUUUGUUGGAAGGUUUGAGAUGCUCAGCACCAAGACCAUCUUCUGUUGGUUGCAGCUCCCAGGCUGCCUCAGGGGAAGAGUAUUUUAUAAACUAAUUGGAGAAUAAUUUAUCCUCAGUUAUUUAUGCUUUUAUACUUUUUUGUACUUUAUUUUAUAGUCACUCUCAGUUAUAUGUAUUUAUAUAAAAUCAUUUCAGCCCCUUGAGGGAGCUGCAAAACUCAUACAGAUCUCGUGCAUAUCACAGGGAAAUAGCAAUUACUCAGCAAAGGUUUUCUUUUAUUUUAGUGCUCUCUGUUUGUGGGUGUAAAGAAGUGGCCACGAGUGCUCUAACGUACAAGUUGUUCAUGUAAUUUAUUUGUCAUGGAGCCAACAAGCUUUUUCCGUAACUAGUAAUAGUGAUUACUAAGGAUUUCUGAUUUUGCAAGUGAGUGUGUUGGAAAAUUAGGAAAAUAAUACCAAAGUAACUGUCAGAAGUGAAGAGCUGGGAUGAUGAGGGACUGCAAUUAAAUCAUCUUCUGCCUGCAAUGUCCCGUCUUUGCAAAUAGCAAAUAGCCUCAUUAAAAAAUUCUUAUUUCAAGUACUUUUGGAUUUAUGUUAAAUGUAAUCGCUUAAUAAAAUGAACUCUAGGAGGCACCGCCUGGCAAAUAGUAUCAUCUCUGGGAUGUGACCCCAGUCCCAGCAAGGAGCCCUGGUGGGAUGCAGACUCCUUUUCCACCCUCAAGUGAUGCACACGAGUGUGUAUGUGUGCCUGUGCGUGUUCAUGUGCAUAUUCAUGUGCAUGUUCUUGCUCCUCUGGGCAGGCAGGGGUCCGGGUGCCCUGGCAGUGGUCCAGCAUCAUCCCCAAAGCUGCAGUGUCCUCAGUCCUCAACUCCUUCUGCCCAAGGGCUGCACCUCGCAGUGUCCCACAGCGAUGACCACCCUGGACCCCCUCCCGCAGUUUGUCCACUUGGGACAUUUCCUUCUCCUCUCCAAGAAGUCCUGAUUUGGCACAGGAACAAGCUGGCAUUUCACAACAUGCUGGGAAUUGCAUUUUGCCCAAAAUAAUUUGGCAUUUAUAGACCAUUGGUGCAGAUGGCCUUGUGUGCAGAGUUAUUUCGGGGCGGCAGCAGUGCUGGAUGCUGAGUCGGGGAUCCCCCCUUGGGAUUCAGCACUGGGCUCUCGAGGUGCGGCCGAGCCCUUGUGCAUGGAGAUAAAUGAUUAAAUACAGCAUUUGCACUGCUGGGGGUGCUGCCAUUUGGAGUCAUGUGGCUGAUAGUUUCUUGGAGAAAGCCUGAAAUCUGUUGCAAGCAAUGAAAUGCUUUUAAAAUGGAAAAAAAAAUAAAAUCUAACUUUAAUUGUCAGAUUUAUUCUGGAGAAAAGACUAAAUCAAGACGGAAUUGGCAAACAAGGAGUUUCUUGUUUAUUCCCAUUUUGUAUUUAUUUUAGUCCCCCCAAGCUGUCCCUUGAAAUUGAAUUUGCUCAGCAUUGACGUAGUUGCUGCCAGGAGGUUGCUUCGAGUCACCUGUGGAGGGCUUGGACUUCACUGGAGUGUGCUGUAUGGGGAGGGAAAUUUCGCAUCUCAGCCACAGGUGAAAUAUUUCCUUCCAAAAAGCCUGGCUGGGUCUGUUCUCCCUGGUUGUUUGGACCAGGGGAGAAGACACGAUUGAUAGGAGCCUGCUUAUUUUUGACGGCAAAAGACCCAGUUAGAGCAUGCCAGGGAGUGGGUAGUGGGAUGUCAAGUACUUUCUCACAUUUUACAGAUGGUUUAUGUAACCUUCUUGUCUAUAUUAUUAUAUUUUUUCCCAUACAGUUACAUAAUUCUAAUUUAAGAAAGCUUUAGGAAAUUACAUUCCCCGCUGUGAUGUGUCUGUAUAUAAUGGCCUCUGAGCUUGUUAGGACGAAGUGCUUGGCCCUUCUGCCAGCCAUCUCCCAAGGUGUGGAAUAGCUAUUUAUACAUUUAUUGUUACCAUAUUUCCUUAAUUAUUUUUUUUUAGCUAUCAUUGAAAGCUGUGUCAGCCCCUCAAGAGCAGGAGGCGUGCAGGCUGGUGCCUCUCCCUGUGAUGCAGAGCAGAGGCUUUGCUGCUGGCUCCUGCAUUCCUCUUUUUUCCAAUAUUUUUCAGAUCUAUUGUCUGUGGCAGAGUCCUCCUGUGAUUUUUGUGGUGGGAGCAGCUGACAUCUAUGCGGUGGCCAGGGAUGGCUUUGGGGGCCAGGAGCUGUAGAACAUCGGGUAUAAAAGAUCCUCAACUGCAUCCUGUCCCUAGCACCUUCUUCCCUUGGGAGAGCAAGAACCCAUAAAUGCUUAUGGCUUUUUGCUUUCCCCAGUACACAUUCAUUUUUUAAAAUAAGGGAGAGAGAAAAGAAAAUACUGCCCUUUUUUUUUUUUUUUUUUUUUCCAUUUCACGUGGAAGCAGAAGGCGUUUUGUCUCUGGGUCCCCACACUGGAGGAGAUGGACCACAGGCUGCCGAUACAAUGCUCGCAAGAGAGUUCAAAGGAAUUUUAUCCCUGUGAUUCUUUUUAUUUUGAAGCAAUCUGGAAAAACCACCAAGCAAGCAUUUCCUUGCUGUUGCCUUGCUAGAUAACCAGCAAAAGAGCCAGAUUAUUUUUAAUGGGUUUAUAUUGUAAACUGGGCAGAUAAAACCACCCCUCUCUGAAGUCUUUUGUGUGUUGUUGGCCUGGGUGUGUUUGCCUCACUCUAGGGGAUGCAGAGAGACUGAACCCAACUUGCUUUCGCCUGAAAUAUUUUUUCUGGCAGGGAUUAGUGACCUAUCCUGCUCACUUGUUCCUCUCGCUGCAGCUGAAAUUGAGGGCAGCCUCUUAUUUCACAUAUUUUAAAAAAAGAUAGUUAUGACUUGGAUCUUAAAUAAAACCAUUUCGGAAGCUUAAAAAUAUUAGCUAUAUUAGCAGAAUGAUUAAGCAAGUGUGAUGGGAACAUACAUUGUUGUAUUUAAGUUAGUUGCAUGCAGUAGUUUUCUCACUUUGUUACUCUUCAUUGUUUAAAAACCUUCCCUUGCUGCUGCUCUUCUGUUAAUAGACUGAUACCUUCUGUUUCCUGGGAGGUGAUUGGUGACUGCAUCCCCCUUUGAGAUGUCCCUGUGGAAUGGGUGGCACUGUUUUGCCUGGGAGAAGCUCGGGAGAUACUGGAGUCUCCAUGGGAAGGUGUUAAACCCGGAGCAGGGACUGGCCAUAGAUAAAGGAGACCAGGGAGUUUGCUUCAGUCCCUAGUGAGUCAGAGCUCACCCUGGGCAUGAUGGAAGUUUGUUAGGGUGCUGGGCAAUUAAAGCAGCUCUGUUUGCAUUUUGGUUUUUUGUUUGAAGAAAAGUUGCCAUGCCUGGCCUGCUGGGAUGUUGGCCGCUUGCACAAUGUGCAUGCUAGGAAGUAAAUUGAUCCACGUGAGUAAUAGUUUCAAUUGUAUGGCUUCCCUGUCUAUUUUAAAGGAGAGAGGAGAAAGUCAAGUGGCCAGGAUUAAAAAAAGAAAAAAAAGUUAAUUUUUAAUUCAAGCUGUGAUAUGUGAGUGUGAGAAAUGGCACUCGAUGUCUGGGUGCAUCCUUAUGUGUUGGGAUGGAGCUGAGGAUUAUGUGGAGCUGCCUUGUUGGUCUUAAGAAGGUCAUAUUUUCUUAGUAAUCCCAAUCUGAAUUUAUUAUCACCGUCUUCUGGGUCUGUGCUCAGCAGGCUGGCAUUGCAGGUGUCUUAAAACACUCUCGUCUGGGUAAAAUCGCUGCUCCAAUCUUCCCUCUCCUGCUGCACAGGGGCAGUUUGCUCAGCAAGAAGAUAUUUUACCAGAAAAAGUAGUUCUUGUGAUCAAAGGGAAAGUGGAACCCCAGUGGGACAGUGGAGAGAGCCAGCUGCUAUGCUAAUUGGGUUGUGCUUCAUUAUCCGUUGGCAGGUGUGCUGAGGAUGGAGGUGCAGCCCCAUGCUGCUGCGCAGCUUGAGGGGCUGGGAUUUGGGGUGAUGCUCACUAGCAUUCAUGGCCCCACAUCUUCCCGCUGUGCAUUUAGCUUUGUUGUUUCUUUAGCCUGACCUUUGCAUUUUAAAGAAACUCCCUCCCGUGUUGCAAUCUGAAGGCUGUUGUGGUGCCGGGGAAGUGAAAGCACUUUGUGCUAAGUGAGUCUUAAAAAACUAAAUGCCAGAGCAGCCAACUCUUAUUUUUCCAUCCUGCUAAUUUUCAUCCUAGUAAAAAAAAUUGGACUGAAUAUAGCCUUGGUUUAUUUUUUUAAAAGCAGAUGGUAAGAUGCUAAACACUGUUUGCGGAAACAGCAAGUCAAAACAUCUUCCUGUGGCUGCAAUGAGCAGAAGAGCUGCCAUGGGAAGUUUUGGCCAUAGUCUCAUCACCCCUCUCUGACCAGGGUGGAGCAUCAUCUGUGGCUUGAAACUGCUGUCUCAGUUCUCCCCUCUUCUUAAAUCCCGAAAUCCUCUUUUAGAAUACAGCACAUGUGAUUUCUUUCUCUUCUACCCCCACCUCUUCUUACCAGGUGUUUUCCCACUGUAUCUCUGGGUGAACACCUCCCCAGACUCUCCCUGGACCUUCAGUCUUUCUCCAGCAAUUGCGUGGUGGCAAGGUAAGACCGCUCAAAACACUCCACAGCCUUGCUCUUCCUCCUCCGUUUCCCCUUCUGUGAGCCUCUGAGAGGGAUCUGCAACAUGAAUUUUCCAUUUGGAGCUGGCAAAUUCCUGGUAUGCUGAUUUCUAGGAAACAUGGCUUGGGAUCAGGAUCGUGUGGUUGGUGAAACUCUAACAUGUGUGAUACCUGCCUGUCCUCAGCCUGGGGUCAGACAUCUACAUCCCAUUCUCCGCUCUGAAUUUUCACCUGUUUCUCUGGACUGGAAGAUAGCAACACCUGUGUGGAGAGGGAAUUGUAAAAUUAAGUGGCUUGUUUUUAUGGUCCAGUGCCUAUGCAAGGAGACCAUGACUACUGAUGAGGUCACCAAGAGUGAAGGGGAGGUGCAGGCAGUGGCCCUCACUGAGCGCGGGGAGGACAUCACACCGGCUCAAGACCGAGGGGUUCUGAAGAUCAUUAAGCGACCUGGGAGUGAAGAUGCGUCUCCCAUGAUUGGGGACAAGGUUUAUGUUCACUACAAAGGCAAACUGGCCAAUGGUAAAAAAUUUGACUCCAGCCGCGAUCGGAACGAGCCCUUUGUCUUCAGCCUGGGCAAGGGUCAGGUAAUCAAGGCAUGGGACAUUGGGGUAGCUACCAUGAAGAAAGGAGAGAUCUGCUACUUGCUCUGCAAACCUGAUUAUGCAUACGGCUCUGCUGGCAGUGCCCCCAAAAUCCCCUCCAAUGCCACCCUCUUUUUUGAGGUUGAGCUGCUUGACUUCAAAGGCGAAGACUUGUUUGAGGAUGGAGGAAUAAUCCGAAGGAUCAAGAGAAAGGGGGAAGGUUACUCCAACCCUAAUGAAGGUGCUACUGUGGAGAUUCAUCUGGAGGGAUUCUGUGGCGGCAGCAGGUUUGACUGCAAAGACGUGAAGUUCAUUGUGGGCGAAGGAGAGGACCACGACAUCCCCAUCGGCAUCGACAAGGCCCUAGAGAAGAUGCAGAGGGGAGAGCACUGCAUCCUCUACCUCAGCCCACGGUAUGGCUUUGGAGAGGCGGGGAAGCCAAAAUAUGGCAUCCAGGCGAAUGCUGAGCUGGUGUACGAGGUUACACUGAAAAGCUUUGAGAAGGCCAAGGAGUCGUGGGAGAUGGACACCAAAGAGAAGCUGGAGCAGGCUGCCGUCGUCAAGGAGAAAGGCACGAUGUACUUCAAGGAAGGCAAGUACCUGCAGGCAGUGAUUCAGUAUGGGAAGAUUGUGUCCUGGCUGGAAAUGGAGUAUGGCUUGUCCGAAAAAGAGUCGAAAGCCUCUGACUCCUUCCUCUUGGCUGCUUUUCUCAACUUGGCCAUGUGCUACCUGAAGCUGCGAGAGUAUGCCAAAGCUGUCGAGUGCUGUGAUAAGGCACUGGGACUGGAUCAGGACAAUGAGAAGGGCUUGUACCGGAGGGGUGAAGCCAGGUUAUUGAUGAAUGAGUUCGAGCUGGCAAAGUGUGACUUUCAAAAAGUGCUGGAAGUGAAUCCACAGAACAAAGCAGCAAAAUCUCAGAUCUCUGUGUGCCAGAAGAAAACGAAGGAGCACAAUGACCGAGACCGGAGGAUCUACGCAAACAUGUUCACAAAGUUUGCAGAGAGGGAUGCAAAGGAAGCAGCUAGCAAAAGCAGGGUGGGAAGAGCAGCAGAGAAGGCAGCUUGUGAAAAAGGACUGAAAACUCCUGGUGCUGAAGAUGAAGAGGCUGAAGGACAUGUAUGAUGGAGGAGGAGGGGAUGGGAGAGCCUCCUGCCCUCGGGCCGCACAGAAAAAGGUUUCUGCCAAACCUCGGAACUUGCCAGUGUUUUCUUGUAAAGCUUGUUACAGUUUGUGUGAUUGUGGAAGCAAAAAGCGCCUCGCAAAGAAAAACAAACCCCGUCCUACCGCCUGGAUGCGCUCGUGGACAGACCAGGAGUGGCGGGAUGCCAAGGGACCACCGCACGUGGAACAAAUAGCUUUUAAAGAGCA